AUGUUGAAUAUAGGAGACGAGAACGAAGAUGUGGGAGUGGCCGCUAUCGUUGGAGAGGGAGUGGAAGAAUUCCGGCUUCCAGAGCGUCUCGAGAUGUUGUUAGAGUCUGAGAAGUCGCCAACAUUCUUCCAGCAGCUGGAGAAGUACGCCUGGAACCCAAGGGACUGUUCCAGGAACAUCUACUUCAAGGAGGAGUUUCCGCUUACAUGCUUCAGGUCAAAAUCUACCGGAGCAGCCGACGCCGUGAGGGGAAGAGUUGGGUUCAGCCAGGGAAUCCAUAUGUGGGCAAUUCACUGGCCAGCUCAACUCCGUGGCUUGCACCCUAUGUCUAUCGUGGGAAGUGACGACCAGUCCUGGGGUUGGAACUUAAGUACCCUGAGACUGCGUCACGACUGCAGCAGCAUAGAGAGUGCCGACUAUCCAGCUGCAAUGCCUUAUGAUGAUUUUGAGGUGCCCGACACAUUUGGUGUUGUUCUGGACAUGUAUAAGGGAACACUGGGUUUCCUCAUCCUCGUAGGUAACAAAAGAUGUUACUUGGGAGAUGCCUUCACUGGGCUACGUGGGAAGGUGCUAUUUCCCAUCAUCAGCACCAGUUCAGUGCCCUGCCAGGUCACUAUCACUUACAACGGCGGCUUGGACAACGGCGGAAAGCUGAACCCCGCUCAUUGA